UUGUCUCAUAAGAAGCUUCAAAAAGUACCAGAAAAAAUGGUGGCCAAUUUGGAGAUACUAUCAAAGGAGAUGAUCAAACCUUCAUCUCCAACACCUCAUCACCUUAGAGACCACAAAUUAUCCUUCCUAGACCAGAUUGCACCACCUGUUUUUAUCCCUCUUAUUUUCUUCUAUCAAACCAAUCAACUAGAAACUUUCCAAGACCGUGACCAAAUUUCUCAAUUGCUAAAGCAAUCUUUAUCCAACAUCUUGACUCAAUUUUAUCCCUUAGCAGGAAGGAUUUGCAGCAAGAAUUUUUCAAUUGAUUGCAAUGAUGAUGGUGCUUUAUGUAUUGAGGCUCAAGUCCAUUCUAACCUCUUGCAGGUCAUAGAAAAACCUGUAAUGGAGGAGCUGAAACAGUAUCUGCCACUUGAGCUUAAUAGUAAAGGCCCUGGCUUGACUGAGGCUAAAACUAUCCUUCUAGCUAUCCAAAUCAAUUUCUUUGAUUGUGGAGGCAUAGCUAUUGGAGUGCAAUUAUCGCAUAAAAUAGCCGACGGCACGUCCUUGGUGACUUUCAUGAAUGCAUGGGCUAAAAGCUGCAGCGAAGUUUCUGAAAUUGUACCAUCUAGUUUUGAGUUGGCUAGUUUGUUUCCACCAAGAGACAUGUCCAGCUUUGGUUUCAAGCCAACAACGGGCAUGACCAAAGAAAAAAUCGUUACUAAACGGUUUGUCUUUGACAAAGAAAAGCUGGCAAAACUUAAACAAGCUGCUGCUUCAUCUCUUGUGAAGGAUCCUACACGUGUUGAGGCUGUUUCAGCCUUUAUUUGGAGGCAUUUCAUUGAUGCAUCCAAAGCUAAGGUGGUUGCAGCAGUCCAUGCCGUGAACAUGAGACCUAGAAUGAAUCCAGCCCCUGAGGAUCAAGCCUUUGGAAACAUAUGGACGCAUACCGUAGCCAUUCCAAUGCUCGAGGGAGAGAAUAUGUACGAGAAUCUUGUCGGUGAUUUGAGGAAGGCAAUAAGAAAUAUCAAUAGCAAUUAUGUGAAGAAACUGCAAAAUGGAGAUGAGUAUCUAGAAAUUCUAAAGAAAAGUGUGGAAUUGGCUUCUAAGGGAGAUGUAGAAUUGUGCAAUUUUAGCAGUUGGUGUAGAUUUCCCGUGUAUGAGGUGGAUUUUGGUUGGGGUAAGCCUACAUGGGUGUCUACUACAGCCUUUCCUUUCAAGAAUGUUGUGAUUUUGAUGAGUACAAGUUGUGGGGAGGGAAUAGAAGCAUGGCUUAACAUGCUUGAAGAAGAUGUGGCUAGUUUUCAGAGCAAUCACAUGCACCUUUCCGUUGCAGCCAAAGAUUUCAACGCCUAACAUAGUAGUUUCAUUGCCAUGUGAUGGUUUGGUUUUAUGGUAUUGAAAUUGAUCUUCUUGUUCAUGUUUAAAAACAAUGUUAGAAGACAUAUUUUGUGUUUACUUCAUCCUAAAAGAGUGUAAUUGACUUGAUAUAUGAUGUUAAA